AUGAGAAGAGGUGUGGAAAGAGAUAAUACAAAAGUGCGUCAAAGGAACACGGUCAACAUUGGUGAUCGCUGUUGCCUCGGGGCGCGACCAUUGCUUGGUGGUUAUGAUGGUCCUCGACAGUGGUGUUGGUUCCGUCUUGACAGCAUCGCUUCUCUCGCUGCGCUCGCACCGCUUGAGACCAUCCUGUUUGAUAUCGACGGAACUCUAUGCGACUCGGAUAUUCUCCACUACCAUGCCUACAGAGAGAUGCUCCAAGAGAUAGGUUUCAAUGGCGGAGUUCCGAUCACGGAGGAAUUCUUUGCUGAGAAUAUAUCUGGAUUGCACAAUGAAGACGUAGCUGCGUUCCUCUUCCCAGAUGAUGUUCCUCGAGGCCGACAAAUCGCUGAGGACAAGGAAGCCGUGUUCCGCAAAUUGGCCUCAGAACAACUAGCGCCAGUGAGCGGCCUGUACAAAUUGAAGAAGUGGGUCGAAGAUCGCGGUCUAAAACGCGCCGCAGUUACAAAUGCUCCUAGGGCAAAUGCUGAACUCAUUAUCUCAAUUCUCGGGCUCUCGGAUUUCUUUGAAGCACUUGUUGUAGGGAGUGAGUGUGAGCAUGCCAAACCACACCCAGAACCUUACCUGAAGGCCCUUGAUCUGCUGAAGGCGUCAAAGGAGCAUACUAUAAUUUUUGAGGAUUCUGUUUCGGGCAUAAAAGCAGGGGUGGCAGCUGGAGUGGCCACCAUCGGCGUAAUGACUAGGAACCCGGAACAUCAACUGAGGGAAGAAAAGCCGAUAUUCCUCAUCAAGAAUUACGACGAUCCGAAGCUGUGGGCCGCUUUAGAGGCGCUCGAGAAGAUGGAUGCUUGA